UAAAUGAAGAAAGUAAACCCACAAAAACGACUCUCUCCUGGUCCAGCUACAAAAGCCCCAAUCAGCCGAGCACUCUUAAAAGCAAACAUCCCCAACCCUCAAAGAUCUUCUCACCCAAUGGCUAAGCCAGUUCCCAAAAUCAGCCAAGAAUCCAACUCCCUCAAGAAAACUUCUGAGUCAAUUUCACCGUCAGAUUCUACAGAAGAACAUCAGAAUUCAGAGACGCUCCAGUUGAAUGGUAAGAGCUUGAGCUGAGCUGAGCUGAGCGGAAAUUUGUAGUUGAGGAAUGGGCUUGAAGAAAGAUAGGCCACGAGUUUACUCAUAGACAUGCUCCUGCUUCCCGAACAGCUGGUGCUUUAGUACAGGCAGGGGUAGCUGAGAACAACCAAAGGAGGAUGGACAAAAAGGAGAGUGGCAAGGAACGGAAGAGAAGAGGAGGGAAGAGACUGAAGAAGGGGAGGGAUAGGAAGAGGCAGAGAAUAAGGGAUGGGGCAGAUGGGGGUUGGGAGAGAGGGGGAAGAAAAGGAUUUGGUAGUGGAAGGAGUAGGGAGAAAGAGUUGGGUUAUGCAAAGAUAAAGAGAGAAAAAACUGGGAAGAUUAAAGCAAAGGUGGGACGAAAGAAUAAGGCUCUGAAGGAAUGGAAUUUAAUAAAUGAAAUAUUGGAGAACGAGAAAGAAGAGGAUAAUUUUGAUUUAGAACUGCCUAAAGAUAAUUAUAUUGAAGACCUUCUAAAAGUUUUAGAUAUUAAGCACGAAGAGCAGAUCAGCAAACUUAGAAGUAUUAGAGAAGAUCUCAUGAAGCAUAAUAAAGAAGGAGAGAUAUUUGCAAAAAUCGAUGGAAUCAGGAAAUUCUACAAUAAGCCAACCAAAACCAGAAUCCCGUUAGUAACCUCAGAAGGAUAUUGGGUUGAUGCAAACUGAGACAGAAGUCGUCAUUAGGUAAUGGUAAUUUUGAGUUAUUUUAUUCACCAGAUUUAACUUCGUCUUACUAAAAAACACAUUAAAUGAUAAUUUCAAUCUUG